UUGUCAUCCAAUAGCGUACAUUGUCCUAUGGCGAGACCUGGAUUUGAUGCCUUGGGGAUGUCAGCACCUGUUCUUGUUCAGAUGAAUCCUGAAGGAAAAUGGGAAAACUGCAAACCGGGAAGCUUGGACGAGGAAAGAUUAAAAGCAGUGGUUAAUCAUUUAGUUAAUUCAAAUGCACUAUCGGCUGCUCAGAGUUACUGCUGUCAGUGCGCCAGUGAAAGUCAGAAAGAAAGCGGUAAAUCCAAUUACGUACCUGUAGUUAUGAUGCCCAUUUAUCCAGCAGACAAAUGUCCAUUUGAUUUGGACUGUGAGAUUGCUAAAAUGAAAAAAUCGGAUGAGAAGAAACCAACGACACAAAAAAUGAGUGCCAUACACGAUGAGAAGGAUAGCGAAAAAGAUAAAGAUAAAAAGAAAUUAAAGAAGCGCGCUUUUGUUUUACAGCGGCUUACGGACUUUGAUCUUUUAUCACAAUGGUAG